GCCGCGGAGCGCGGCGGAGCGGCGGCGGCGGCUUUAUAGCAGGCGCGGAGCGGCGGCGGAGCGUGGACCCGCCGAGGAUGGACCCGCCGGCGGGCGCGCAGGGCCAACACCAGCACGAGCCCAUCAGUUUCGGCAUCGACCAGAUCCUCAACAGCCCCGAGCAGGACAGUGCUGCGCCGCCGCCCCCCCGGGGCCCCGACGGCACGACCUUCUUGGGCGGCCCCGGUGGCCGCGGCGGCGCGCCCUACCCGGCCCUGACGGCCCCCUUCCCGGCCAUCGCCGCUCCCUUCGAGGACUCUGGAUCUUACAGUGUCAACCUCAGCCUGGCCCCGGCCGGCGUGAUCCGGGUGCCGGCGCACAGGCCUAUCCCUGGGGCAGUGCCGCCGCCCAUCUCCAGCGCCAUCCCGGCAAUGCCCGCCGUGCCCAGUCUGGGCAGCCUCAACUUCCCUUGGAUGGAGAGCAGCCGGCGCUUCGUCAAGGACCGGUUCACAGCGGCGGCGGCACUGACGCCCUUCACGGUGACACGGCGGAUCGGGCACCCCUACCAGAACCGGACUCCGCCGAAGCGCAAGAAACCGCGGACAUCGUUCUCCCGGGUGCAGAUCUGCGAGCUGGAGAAGCGCUUCCACCGGCAGAAGUACCUGGCCUCGGCCGAGCGCGCUGCCCUCGCCAAGUCCCUCAAGAUGACGGACGCCCAGGUCAAGACCUGGUUCCAGAACCGGCGCACCAAGUGGCGGCGGCAGACGGCGGAGGAGCGGGAGGCCGAGCGGCAGCAGGCAAGCCGGCUGAUGCUGCAGCUGCAGCACGACGCCUUCCAGAAGUCGCUGAACGAGUCGAUCCAGCCCGACCCGCUGUGCCUGCACAACUCGUCGCUGUUCGCGCUGCAGAACCUGCAGCCCUGGGAGGAGGAGAGCGCCAAGAUCCCCCCGGUCACCUCCCUCGUCUGAGCCAGGCGGCACGGGCAGCGCAGAGGACUCGGCGGCAGAACUCGGCCGGCGGCUCCCCCCCGGCCCCGGAGCCGCGACUCG